AUGGCAAGAACGACAGAUCCCCUUGUGAUUGGUGGGGUGGUUGGUGAUGUUGUUGAUAACUUCUCCCCAACUGUUAAGAUGUCUGUUAUUUAUAGCUCCAACAAGCAUGUCUAUAAUGGGCAUGAGCUCUUUCCAUCCUCUGUCACCUCUAAACCUAGGGUUGAAGUUCCUGAAGGUGACAUGAGAUCAUUCUUUACACUGAUCAUGACUGACCCUGAUGUUCCUGGUCCUAGUGAUCCAUAUCUAAGGGAGCAUUUACACUGGGUAGUCACAGACAUUCCAGGCACCACAGAUUCCUCAUUUGGAAAAGAAGCAGUGGGGUAUGAAAUGCCAAUGCCAAAUAUUGGAAUCCAUAGGUUCGUGUUUCUUCUCUUCAAGCAGAAGAAGAGAGAAACAGUGAAUGCAUCACUAUCCAGCAGGAACCGAUUUAACACCCGAAAAUUCGCAGAAGAAAACGAGCUUGGCUUUCCAGUCGCGGCGGUGUUCUUCAACUGCCAGAGGGAAACAGCAGCCAGAAGGCGCUGA